GCGGAGGGAUACUAUAUAAACAAGUCGCCAUCACUCUUUAAAGGGCAGAGUUGUGCAAACUCCCAGGCUUCUUGCGGGGAGUCAUUUCUGCAGGAUUUGUGGCUCGACAUCAAGCUAUCGAAGGAAAGAAACGUGCCUGGACUCUAGACACGUCGACAUAACUGCACUUUUAAAGUCCCCAAUCCUCCAAGCGGAAGCCUGCUCUUGCAAGAAGGACCUCCUGUCAUCUUCCAUGAACCAGAACCUCGCCACGCUUCAGGAAAGAGAUUCAUCGGAUCCACAAGAAGUCAAUCUCUACCUUUCCAUCACUGCUGCCUUGAAGAAUUUUUUUCUUUUCUUGUUUUUGCCGUGCCGCGGGGUUCCACAAACAACCGAGACUCAAAGCUCAUUACCAGCGAAGCAGCUAUGCAGCUUGAAAUUCAAGUAGCGCUCAACUUUAUUAUUUCCUAUCUCUACAACAAACUCCCCCGACGACGUGUGAAUAUCUUUGGCGAGGAGCUGGAGAGCUUGCUGAGGAAAAAAUAUGAAGGCCAUUGGUAUCCGGAUAAGCCGUACAAAGGCUCGGGGUUCCGCUGCAUCCAUGUAGGGGAGAAGGUGGACCCGGUUGUGGAGCAGGCCGCUAAAGAGAGCGGGCUGGCCAUAGAAGAUGUCCGCAAUAACCUCCCUCAGGACCUUAGCGUGUGGAUUGACCCCUUUGAGGUUUCCUACCAGAUCGGUGAGAAGGGAGCGGUCAAGGUGCUGUACGUGGACGAUAGCAGCGAGAACGGUUCCGAGCUCGACAAGGAGAUCAAGAACAGCUUUAACCCCGAGGCCCAAGUCUUUAUGCCGAUCACCGAGCCCGUCGGGGCCUUGUCGGAGUCCAGCUCUCCCUCCCCUCCUUUCGGCCAAUCGGCCGCCGUCAGCCCCUCCUUCAUGCCGCGGUCGGCCCAGCCGCUGACCUUCACCACCGCCACCUUCGCCGCAACCAAGUUCGGCUCCACCAAGAUGAAAAGCAGCGGGCGCGGCAACAAUAGCGCCAACGGCGGCGGUAGCAGCAAGGCGGCGGCGGCGGCGCCGCCGCGGUCGUCGCCCAUUGGCAACCUGGGUCUGAAUGUCAACACCUUGCUGAAGCAGAAAGCCAUCUCCACCUCCAUGCACUCGCUGUACGGGCUGGGCCCGAGUCAGCAGCAGCAGCAGCAGCAGCAGCAGAAGCAGCCCUCGGCUCUAUCCCCCAACGCCAAGGAGUUUGUGUUCCCCAACCUCCAGAGUCAGGCCAGCCCCGGAGGACCAGCAUUUGCCGCCGAGGCCUCCCUGGGGCUGCCGUACAACAAUGCCUUGGACGUGUUUGCAGCCUACGGAAGUCUCAACGACAAGUCCUUGGUGGAUGGCCUCAACUUCAGUCUGAGCGCCAUGCAGUAUUCUAACCAGCAAUUCCAGCCCGUCAUGGCUAACUAAAAGACGGUUAUUUAUAAACCAAGUUGGCUCGGAAGACAGAGGGAAAAACAAAAGGCACAUUUUGGAAAGUGGCGUGCUAGCGACUCGGAGAAGCUUGUCCAAACACAUUCAAGCUUGGUUACUUCAAUUCACCAUGCGUUAUUGCUUUUCUUUUUCCCUUUUUGCCAACCGAGCACAAUAGUCUUUUAUUUUUUACCAUGUUGAUGAAAAUAGUCCCCCCCAAAGAAAAAAAAAAAAAAAACCCACAAGCUUCGAGUUUUGGCCUCUUACAGUAUUUUGCAGUUGGUAAGACAAGGCUGGUUUUUAUGAAUUGGCACUACUAAGUGGGGUUACUUGGUCUUUUUCUAAUUGUAUAAUUUAAUUUAGUACAAAGUUUGUAAGAUAUCAGAGUAUAUAUUGUUUCUAUGACAUGGUGUUGCAUUUAUAUCUUUUUACUACUCCAGUGAUCUGUGAUGGCUGCAGCAGCUUUUCCUUCUUUUUCUUUUUUUAAAGACUUGUUAAAGAAAUCCAUCUUUAAAAAAAAAAAAAAUCCACCAGAUAUUCUGAAGAUUGUGUAUUCCUUUAGUGGUGGAACUCAAGUGUAGGAAUAUUUGCUAUUUCUGAAAAAUGAAUUGUAUUUUCUUUUAAGAGGUUGAAGAUUUUGCUAUACUAUGGAAAACAAAUGUAAUCGUAUGGAUAUUAAUUUUGUACCUACAUUGUGCAAUACUUGAUGAAAAAAAAUACGGUAUAACAAAGUAUUUUGAGUCAGUGUCUUACAUGUCAAGAGGGACUGAAAUAGUUUAUAUUGUUAAGUUUGUAUUAAAUGCUUCAAAAGUAUAUGCUUGUCUUUAUUAUUUUUCAUAUUUGCACCCUGGUCUUUUUAAUAAAAGAAAGUACAAUUGGAA